ACAUCAUUCAGGAUGUAUUGGGAUAAAUAUAUGCUCAUUCUCUCUGCAAUCACCAUAUGCUCAACAGACUCACAUUUUCUUGACCAAGAAUGGAAUGCAUGGAAAUUGAAUUACGAUAAAAAAUACAUCACUUCGGAUGACGAAGAAUUUAGAAGGCAAGUCUGGGAGGCCACCUGGGAUAAGGUGCAAAAACAUAAUCAGUUAGCCGACCAAGGUCUCAAAAAAUACAGAUUAGCUGUGAAUCACUUUGCAGAUAUGACUCCAAAGGAAAGGGAAUCAAGAAGCUGUUUUCUUACAUCUGGGAAAUCAUCUACUCCAGUAUAUGAUCUGGCACACAAUUCUAAUAUUCCAGAUGAGGUUGACUGGAGGAAAACAAAAUGCAUGACUCCAGUGAAAAAUCAAGGAGAUUUUUGUGGAUCUUGUUGGGCUUUUGCAACGAUAGGUGUGAUUGAAUCCCGUUAUUGCAUUAAGACAGAUGAACUUCUUGAACUAAGUGAGCAGCAGCUGGUAGACUGUGAUACUAAUGAUAAUGGGUGCUGUGGAGGGCAUCCAGUACUUGCGCUGGAUUAUGUUGCGCAUUUUGGGAUCAUGAAAAGCAAGGACUAUGAGUAUGCUAAUAAGAACUUGGAAUGUUCAUUUAAUGAUAAGGAAGCACUGAAACUGAAUUUAACUAAAUACUAUAUUCUACCUGGAGAACAAAAUAUAGCAGCUUCGGUGGCAAAUGAUGGUCCUGUUUCUGUUGGAUUUGCAGCAGAUGAAGACUUUAUGUUCUACAGUGAAGGAAUUUUUGAUGGUUAUUGUGCUCCAUAUGCGAAUCAUGCAAUAAUUAUUGUUGGUUAUGGAACUAAGGAAGGGGAGGAUGAGGAUGAUAAUGAAGAUUACUGGAUAAUAAAGAAUAGCUGGGGCGACAUGUGGGGAGAAAAUGGUUAUGCAAAAAUAAAACGCAAUGUCAACAUGUGUGAAAUCGGAGAUGACGCAUCAACCCUUGAUCUUAUUUGAUGAUGAGAAAACCUGAGUGUAGCUUGUGUGACUUCAGAUUACUUCCCCAUUUUGAUAUGUGCUUAUAAAGUUAUUGUUUGCUUAUUGCAAAGGUUCAAAAAAUUUUCUGUUGCUGUUGUUUUUUUCUUAAUAUAAAUUGUGGCUUGAAUGCAUUUAAAUUGAUAUUGAUUUUUUUUUUGUUUUUUUGUUUUUGUUUUGUUGCUUUUGCAUAUGAAAGGUACUAAUUACUUUUAAAGACAACCACAAAAAACUUGUUUGGGCUUUACUUUAUUGAAAUGAAUUGUAUUAUGAAAUGUUUAAGGAUGUAUCAAUUCCACAUAAUAAAAUGAACAUAGCAUGGAAAAUGUA